GAAAUUUGCCGCCUGAUUUGUGAUUGUUAUGGAGCCUUUUAUUUAGAGUUACUAUUUUAUUCCUCCAUAUAAUUCAUAAUGGGUGAUAUGAAUAUGGAAACAUUAAUUGAAUCUCCUAACCAAUCAUCAAUUCAAAUGGAAGCCUGUGAAGACGAAAACUUGCCAAAUUCUAUUCCUGAAGAUGAAUUACCUGCUUCAAAUGAAUCAGAAACACCUACAGAAAUUCAACAAGAAUCAAUUUCUGAAGUUUUGAGUGAAGACAUUUUGGAGAUUAAAUCCAAACAAAGUAGUAGACUUCCUCUAGCUCGAAUCAAACAAAUUAUGAAAUUCGAUCCUGAUUGUUCUCUUAUUAGCCGGGAUGCUAUUAUGUUAGUGUCAAAGGCUACAGAACUGUUUAUUGAGUACCUUGGAAAAGAAGCGGUCAAACACACCCUAAAUAAUAAGAAAAAAACGGUAUCAAAAAAGGAUGUAGAUGCUGCGAUUGACUGUGACCCCAAUUUAUGUUUCCUUGAUGGAGCGCUUGAUUGGGAAUGAUUAUUUUGUAAUAUAUUGUGUAAAUAAAUAUUUUAUAUAUUCAUAA